AUGAGCCUCAAGGCGAGGCACGUGGUCGCCAGAUCUGGACGGGACUCCAUUUCCCAGAAUGCCUCACGCGGAGCCCCGGGGCAUGCUGGGAAUCUUGAGGUGCGCAGGCGCAGCUUCCCCAAGAGAACUUUAACGCUUGAACAGCUCUUUGUUCUUGGGUCCCUGCGGGUGAGUGUGGGCGGGGGAGCGGAGUGCGAGGGAGUCAGUGCGCAGGCGCGUCCUAGGCUCUCAGAGGGGCCGAGGAGCCCCUCCUCCUCCUCCUUACCCCACCCCUGGGGGCGCCCGAAGACUCGCGGACCCCGCUUGGAUCAGCCUGCAGAGGAUCAAGGUUUGGCCCAAGCAGAGAGCCUGGAGCCAGAGAGAAUGGCCCCUGGCACCCAGAGACCACCCCCCCAGGAGUGGGUGACUUUCAAGGAUGUGGCUGUGGAUUUCACCCAGGAGGAGUGGCGCCUCUUGGACCAUUCUCAGAAGGAGCUGUACAAGGAGGUCAUGCUGGAGAAUGCCCAGAACCUGCUUUCCCUGGGACUUCCAGUUCCUAGAAAAGAGUUGAUUUCCCCUUUUCAGCCAGGGGAAGCACCAGGGAUGGCAGAGCAAAAAGGCCCAAGGAGCUCCUGUCCAGGUGCAGAGACCAGGUUUGAAGUGAGUGAGACUACUACAAAGCUGAACAUUUUUGUGGAAGAAUCUGGCCAGCAAAGAUUCCUGACUGACAAUCCCUGUAACUUCAAUUGGAGAGAAAUUGAAGAGAAGUUUUAUAAAUGUAAGGAAUGUGGGAAGGCUUUCUGCUAUAGAUCACUCCUUAUUUGCCAUCAAAGUAUCCACACUGGAGAGAAAUCUUUUGAAUUUAAUCAAUGUGGAAAGGCUGCAGAUAGAGCUGUACUUCAGAGAAUCCACACUAGGGAGAAAAUCUAUAAAUGUAAUCAAUGUGCAAAGGCUUUCAGAUACAGCUCCAGUCUUACUAAACAUCAGAGACUCCACAAUGGAGAGAAAUCUUAUGAAUGUGAACAGUGUAGAAAGACUUUCCGAAAGAACUCCCAUCUUGCAGCCCAUCGGAGAAUCCAUACUGGAAAGAAACCCUUUGAAUGUAAUCAGUGUGGAAAGGCUUCAGAUAAAGCUUUACGUCGGAAAAUCCACACUGGGGAGAAAACGUAUAAAUGUAAUCAAUGUGGAAAAGCUUUCACACAGAGAGCUAAUCUUGCUUUACAUCACAGAAUCCACACUGGAGAGAAACCUUAUGAAUGUAAUCAAUGUGGAAAGGCUUUCACAAAGAGUUCAAAUCUUGGUGUACAUCAGAGAAUGCACACUGGAGAGAAACCUUAUGAAUGUAAUCAGUGUGGGAAAGCUUUCAGAUAUAGCUCCAGUCUUACUGAGCAUGAGAAAAUCCACACUGGAGAGAAACCUUAUGAAUGUAAUCAGUGUGGAAAGGCUUUCACACGGAACUCCCGUCUUGUUUUACAUCAGAGAAUCCACACUGGGGAGAAACUUUUUGAAUGUAAUCAAUGUGGAAAGGCUUUUACACAAAGCUCCAGUCUUACAGUACAUCGGAGAAUCCACACUGGAGAGAAACCUUUUGAAUGUAAUCAGUGCGGAAAGGCUUUCAGAGAGAGUUCUCAUCUUGGUGCCCAUCAGAGAAUCCAUACUGGAGAGAAACCUUAUGAAUGUAAUCAAUGUGGAAAGGCUUUCACAGAGAGCUCUCAUCUUAGUGCCCAUCAGAGAAUCCACACUGGAGCAAAACCUUAUGAAUGCAAUCAAUGUGGAAAGGCUUUCACAAAGAGCUCCAGUCUUACUGUACAUCAAAGAAUGCACUCUGGAAAGAAACCUUUUGAAUGUAAUCAGUGUGGAAAGGCUUUCACACGGAAGUCCCGUCUUGCUGCACACCAGAGAAUCCACAGUGAGGAGAAACUUUUUGAAUGUAAUCAAUGUGGAAAGGCUUUUACACAGAGCUCUAGUCUUGCUGUACAUCAAACAAUCCACACUGGAGAGAAACCUUAUCAGUGUAACCAGUGUGGAAAAGCUUUUACACGACGGGGCAAUCUUGCUGCACAUCAGAAAAUCCACACUGGAGAGAAACCUUUUGAAUGUAUACAAUGUGGAAAGACUUUCAGAAUUCGCUCUAGUCUUGCUAAACAUCAGAGGACCCACACUGGAGAAAAAUCUCAUGAAUGUAAUUAAUGUGGAAAGGCUUUAAAAAAAGCUCCAGGCUUGCUGCACUUAGAGAAUCCACACUGGAAAGAAAUUUCAUGAGUGUCAUAAAUGUGACAGAGCUUUUAGUCACCACUCUUAGCUUAUUUAACAGAAGAGUGUCCACAAUGGCAAGAAACCUGAAGAGAAACCUUAUGAAUAUAAUCAAUGUGGAAAGGCUUUCAGAACCAUCUGCAGUCUUGAUGUGCAUAAGAAUAUCCACACUGAGGAGAAAACUUAUGAAUGUAAUCAGUGUAGCAAGGCUUUCACAAAGAGCUUUGGUCUUAGUGGCCAUCAGAGAAUCCACACUGGAGAGAAGCUUUAUAAAUGUUAUCAAUGUGGGAAGAUUUUCAGAAUCAGAUCCAGUGUUAAACAUCAGAGAAUCCACACUCAGAAGAAAUUUUAUUAAUGUGAUCAUUGUAGAAAUGGUUUAACAAAGAGUUCCAAUCUUGCUAGACAUAAAACAGUCCACACUAGAGAGCAACAUUUUGAAUGUAAUCAAUGUGGGAAGACUUACACACAACUCCCAUCUUGCUGCACAUCAGGGAAUCCAUACUGGAGAGAAACCUUAUGAAUGUAAACAAUGUAGUAUGGUGGGUGAAAGAUGAAAUUACUGAAGAAACAAAGGUUCGAGCUUCUGAGCAUUUUGACUUAUUAAGCAACGCAUGCCAGUUGCCUAACAAAUUGGUAUCAGACAUCUUCAGCAUAGGCCUGGAUCCCCAAAACAGAAACAGACUUAAUUGAAUUCAGCCAAUUAAUUAAAAGAGAAAAAUACAAUAUUAAGUGGUCUUAUUUCUAAUUGAGUGAAAGAUUAGGGACUUUUCCAAGUUGGGAGGGGGAAAAUGAACAGGUGCAAUUCCCUGAAAUCAGAAAAGAAAGUGUUCUAAUUCCUUUACCCCCAAUUGUCUGUGAACAAUUAAAGAAACAUAGAAACAAUAAAAUGUUGGAUCAGUA